ACUAUUGUGGGUUUGGGACUUUUUAUUUUACGCUUUUUACUUUCUUCACGGUCAAGUGGGAAAGUGCUGGUCUUUCCAAUGGAAGGAAGCCAUUGGCUUAAUAUGGAGAUUCUGAUCAAGGCCCUUCAUGCUCAAGGACACUCUGUCACCGUGGUACGAGCAAACAAAAGCUGGUACGUUAAGGAGGAGUCUUCACACUACAGAUCUAUUACAGUAAAUGUCACAGCUGGUGUUGAUGAACAGGCUGCUAAGAUAAUUCUCCAGAGACUCAUUAAUGCAGAAAGAGGUCAAAGUUCAGUGUUAAAUUUUUUGCGACUGCAGAUGGAAACCUUUUCAAUGAACACAGAAGUUCCUAAGAUUUUGGUUGAAUUGGCAACCAAUAUGAUUCAAAAUCAGGUGUUAAUUAAUACGUUAAAGGACAGCCAGUAUGACCUUGUCCUUACUGAUCCAUGCUGGGGAACAGGUGUUCUGAUGGCCCACUAUCUUCAGUUGCCCUUAGUCUUUAAUGUCCGCGGGGUCAACGGGAGAGAUGGACAUCAGAGUAUUGCACCAUCACCCACGUCUUAUAUUCCAGUGACUGGAUCAGGCUUCACGGACAAAAUGACUUACACAGACAGAGUAAAGAACAUGCUAAUACAUUUUUUUGCGCAAGUUCAUUACAAUUUCUUUGUGAGGCCCAUUUACCAAGCAUUGUGUGAAAAGUAUUUCCAAACAGGUGUAGACUUCGAUGAGUUAAUCCAGGGGGCAGACUUGUGGCUCAUGAGAGUCGACUUUGUGUUUGAGUUCCCUCGUCCGACAAUGCCUAACGUUAUCUACGUUGGAGGGUUCCACUGCAAACCGGCCAAGCCCCUUCCCCAAGACUUGGAGGACUUUAUACAGAGCUCUGGAGUACACGGAGUCAUUAUCAUGUCUUUGGGAACUUUGAUCAAGGAACUCCCUAGUGAAAUAACAGCUGAGAUAGCAUCUGCUUUUGCCCAAAUGCCUCAGAAGGUUAUCUGGAGGCACAUUGGAGACAGGCCAGUAACUCUAAGCAACAACACCUUACUCAUUGACUGGAUGCCGCAGAAUGAUCUACUAGGACAUCCCAAGACAAGACUGUUUGUAUCUCAUGGUGGAACCAAUGGACUUCAAGAGGCCAUCUAUCACGGAGUCCCUGUUGUGGGCCUACCUGUAUUUUUUGAUCAAUACGACAAUCUCCUUCGUCUGCAAGUGAGAGGAGGGGCAAAGAUUGUGACCCUAGCCAAGGUAGACAAGGACAAUAACUUUCUUAUGGCCUUAAAGGAAGUUCUUAAUGAGCCGCACCACAAGGAGAACAUGCAAAAGCUCUCUAAGCUGCACAGGGAUCAGCCAAUGAACACCUUGGACCUUGCCACGUUCUGGAUUGAGUUUGUCAUGAGACACAAAGGUGCAGCUCACCUCCGUACGGAGUCCUACAGAAUGCCCUGGUACUCUUACCACUCGCUGGAUGUAAUGGCGUUGCUUCUAGCAGUUGUGCUUCUGAUUCUGUUCAUGACUGUUGCUUUAAUCAGGUGUUUAUGCUUCAAGAUGUUUUUUAGACAGAAAUUCAAACAUGAAUAA